AUGGAGACAGCAUCGCGACGCGACCAUUUCCCCAACCAGCAACUCUCACAAACCAUUGCCCAACGAUUCGCACAAAAAAGCUUCACCCCACUUGAACUCUACUGCUUCAACUGCGUCUUCCGCUCCCUAGCCGACACCGAAUCCGGAGUACACUACUGGAGCGAGACUACGCUAUGUCGCUUUCUCGAGCUGCCAGAUGCACUGGGCGUGGGCUCCGUCAUCUUUCAAAUGGCUAGCUAUCUUGGCGCAUUCCCCCUUCCGAGCCAAGCGCCCGCUAUCCUGACUUAUGAGGCGUUGCUAAAGGUUGUCACAAUCCUUACCGAGCGGUAUGGGGCGGUGGUGAAGAAGAGGGGGAGGGAGAUUUGGUUGCGGGAGAUAUAUCGGAGUUUGGCGAUUUAUGACAAGGGUAUACGGUCGAGUUUGGAGGACAAGGAGAAAGAGAAGGAGAAAGAUGUGCCAGCGCCGGUGAGCAGUGGUAACAUGGGGUUUGCGGUUGAUGCGCCGGAUGAUGGGGACGAGGGAGAUGAAGACGAGGAUGAUGAGUUGGUGUUGGCUGCACUUGAUUCUAUGGACGCUAUAGAUGCGUUUAAGCAUGGGGAGCAGUCCAACGUACAUCACUCGAUUAUACCCACGGACAACUUCUUGAAGCUGGUGGAGCUACUGCUCCUCAUUGCGCCAAUCGACGCGCAACAGAGCCUCUCGACACUAGCUCCAGACUUGUCAGACACACGCGUAGCGGAACUGCGAAGGGCGGCACAUGUCAUUAUAUCCUCCUUUGGCGUCGAGAAUCAUCCAGGUGUCACAUACCGCACAUUCAACGCCGUCAUCUCAACAUGCCUGCCCUACCUCUUCAACGGACUAAACCCACUCUUCGAGCACUUCCUCUUCGCCAAAGACAUGGACCUGUCAAAACGAAAAGGCGGCCCUAAUUCCCCCACCAAAGAGAGCAAGCCCGUUAUCCCGCCUCCAAAAGCGCAAAGCGAGCCCAUCCUCCGCGAACCAGGCGAAAUCCUUAACCUAACCAUCCUCAGCCAACUCUCCUUCUUCCUCAAAGGCAGUGACCUCUUCCGCCGCCUACGCCCCCUCUACAGCGGCAACACCCACGGCUUCAGCAUGGGUUCCUUCGAAAAACAAGUCUUCAAUUGGCGCGCCCCCACCAUCCUCCUCGUAAAAGGCCGUCUCCUGCCCACCACGCCCUCCACAACCCGCGAACGCGCACUCCAAGACAUGCUACCACCCAAGCGUCAUCCAUCUAGUAUCACACCCGACUCGUUGUCGUCGAACCAAACACUCAUCUACGGCGCCUACAUCUCCUCGCAGUGGAAACACACGGGUAAAACUUGCUUCGGCGACGCAUCAACGACACUCUUCCAACUCUCGCCCACCCACGACGUCUUCACUGCUUCAGCAUUCAGCCACGACUACACCUACUUUUCCAAAUCGCCCACCACACCCGCGGGCCUCGGUCUCGGCACUCCCAUCCCCACGCAAUCAGCCUCGCACUCCUCGCACUCGCACUCGCACUCACACCCCGUUUUCCGCCCCGGCCCCGUGUCCCUGCACCUCGACGACGCGCUGGAAUUCGCAGUCUUCACGCAUCUCGCCGAGGGCGGGGGGUCCUUUUUGCCGAGUAAGUUGCCUGCUAGGAAGGGGAGUGAUUGGCAGGAUCGGUUUGAGAUUGAGUCGUUGGAGGUUUGGGGAUGUGGCGGGGAUGAGGUGGCUGAGGAGCAGAGGAGGACGUGGGCGUGGGAGGAGAGGGAGGCCGAGGCCAGAAGGAGGGUUAAUCUUGGGACAGGGGAUCAGGAGAUGGAUAGGGAGCUGUUGAAGAUGGCGGGUGUGAUUUCGGGGGACAGGAGUGGGGGGAGUAUGGGAUGA